AUGAGUAAUACUCCCGGAGGAGGUCCAGACUUUGUUAAAAAGCUUUUCAAGAUGUUGGAGGAUGACUCUUAUAAUCACGUUGUGUCAUGGGGAGUAAACGGUGAUAGUUUUGUGGUCAAG